GUAAACACUAAAUUGGUAAUAAACUUCAAUUCAAUUAUUGAAACUUUUGUAAUUACGGUGUUUAAUGAUUUUAAUUAUUAAUAAUUAUUUUAUUUACAGGGUUCAUACAAGGUGCUUAAAGUGCUUGAAGUACUAGAAUUUGACUUUUUGAGACGUGCUUGAAUUAUUGAAAAACAAUAUAUAUGAAAUUAGUCGGGUUAACCUGUCUAUAAUUUUUUUGUUCUUUUGAAAAAUUGUUUUGAAAAAAACAAUCUUUUCAUGCAAAAUUAAUGCUGCAGCCUGUCUGAUAUAGACAUAGAGCCAUGUGGGUGAUAUUGCUCAUAUAAAUAUACAAGUAAAUGACAGCUUUUAUUCUUCAGGUCAAUCCUAUAUUCAUGAAAAUAAAUCAUUUUGAAUAAGGAAAGCGAUAUAUUUGUCAUAGUAUCCUUUCAAUGUUAAAGUUACCACAGUCAUUGCAUGCAUUGCAUGUGCUGCACUUUAUUUUUCCGAAUUUGUUUUUAUAGUUUAUUUUUAUUUAUCUAUUUACCUUUUUUUGAAUUUGAAAGAUAAUAAAGAUAUUGUUUGAUAAGUCAGAUCUCUGAUUGUAGUCCUUGAAAACCAAAAAAAUAGUGCUUGAAAAGUCCUUGAAAAAUGUAUUUUACAGUAUCUGUACGAACCCUGUAUUUAAUGAUUGUAAUAUGUUGCCACUGCAUUAGCACUUAUUAUUUACAAUACUAUUAUAUUGUUUAAUAUUAUUUAGCAUGUUAUAGAAUACUUGAUUGUGAUUGGUCAAUAGUGUCUUUCUGUGGUUAAAUAUCUAAACUGUAUGAAAUUCAUGUCUACUUUCACUCACUGUCUUUCUGCUCACAGAAUAAAAUACUUCAGCUAUAAUCAAUAUUUCAAGUUCAUGUCUGUGUUGGGAUCUAAAGGAAUGCCGGUGAUCAGGUGGAUGUGAUUAUUGCGUGUCCAGAAGUUUUGUGGAUGGUAUACAUGAUGAAGAUGAAGUUGGAAGUAGACGCUCCGUUAGAAGAUUGUCUCCACCUGGUUUUGUUUUGCAGGCGUUUCAGUAUUUCACAUUCUUCUCAGUCCCUGAAGAUGAUCUGAGUCAAUGAGGUGAAAUUCAGUCCGAGGUUUCAGCCUUUCUUCUUCUCCCGCUGUUGUUUGUUUCUUCAUUUGUGUUCGCCUCUGGCAUUUCCAAGCUGUUUUCCUCUCUCUUUCUGUCUUACAGUGAUUUGUUGUAUGUGUUUGUCUCAGUGAAGCUCUGUUUCUAAAUCUAGUGAGCUGUCUACACAUGCAAAUUUCUAAGUCGUCUCAUAAGGCAGUACUAUAACUGCCCAGCUUUUCACAUUGGAAGCACGCCUGUGAUGCCUUAAAAUGCUGUCAAGUUUUGGAAACGAGCGAUUAUUAUUCAUUCUGCCACCCUGCACUCAUCAUCACACAUAUUGAUUUGAUUCGACUCACAAGAGUCUUUGUUUCAUGGUCUGUUUUGAGAAUAUGACAGAAUAUAAAGCAUAUUUUAUCAGAAUGUCCUGCUAAAUUGUAUUAGGUAAUGAUUUCAUUCAGAGAUCUCUCUCUCUCUUUCUCUCUCUCGUUGGUUGAUAACUGAGAGCUCGUUUAUUUUGCAGUCUCAGUUUCUCUUUAGUUUGUCCUUGACUUUCUGGAGGCAAUUUUCUCAAAAGACAAUCGAUAUCUUUCAGCGGCCCUGAACUUCCUGUCAUCCCUCGCUCCACUUACUUGUGUGCAUGUAAUUGAGAAAGUCAAGAGGCUUCAUUUACAUUUCACACUGAUUUGCAUAAUCCUAAAAAACAGGCUUUGUAUGCAAAAUAUAAUGAAUGUUUUUCUGUUGAUUUUGCUCAGUCCUUCGACUCUGACAGUUUUAAAGUUGAACUCGUGAAGAUCAGAGUCUGUGGAGAAACUGAGAGCUUGUACAGACUCUUACUCACAGUAAUUCAGUUUGAUUUGAAGGGCUGUUUUCCACUGUCUCUGUGUCCUUGUAAACUGAAGCUCUUCUUUAGAGUUUUAUACGUCUGUCUGUGACCCGUGAAGUACAGUUAUCAAACACAAGCGUCUCACACCUGCUAUGUAUAAAGUUUGAGCUAGACCUGGACAGUUUUUAUGAUCGAUAAAUGUACGAAUGUCAAGAUCUUUUAUGAAUGUAUUAGUGUUUAGCAGUGUGGAUUGAUUGCACAGUAACCGUAUAACACAUGUUAUUAAUUUAAAUCUCAGUUUAAUUAAAAUUUGUGCCCUGAAGUGUGCUGUGAUGUUUUAAUCUGAUUUCUGCUUCAUUUGGCGGGUGGGACGCAGCCAGCGCUCGCAGUCAUCAACACUGAAUACAAUUAUUGUGCAUUUUUAUUAAUAUUUAUAAUGCACUAAACAUCUCUCUUGUCCUUUGUUUUUACUGCAUCGCCCAAUAAAAUGGUUCCCUGCGGCUGAAAACAGCGUUCACACUGAAGCGAGACGUACAGGUCACUGCGUGCCAUUUAUAAGUUCAUAUGCGAACUCAGUCAGAUCACAAUUAGGGCCUUUUAUGAAAACUUUAUUUUUUAAGGAACAUCACACAAUUUUUGACAUUAUGAAUUGAAUCUUUUUGGAGUCUAAUAAGAGCUGAAUCGUGCCCCUGUGAGAUUUGAAUAAUUUCUGACUGAUCUCAGACCAGCUGUGAAUCUCAGAUCAGGAUGAAACGAGUGCUGGUUUCCUCUGAUCAUGAAGUGAAGUGAGCCUCGUUCACUCCAUCAUUAAUGAAUCACUCCACAUCCAACCAAUCAGAGUAUUCACUAAGAGAUGGUGCUUAUCCUUAACUCUAUCUAUCUAUCUAUCUAUCUAUCUAUCUAUCUAUCUAUCUAUCUAUCUAUCUAUCUAUCUAUCUAUCUAUCUAUCUAUAUGUGUGUGUGUUUGUGUGUGGGCCUCCAUCUGUCUUUCUCUCUCUGUCUUGCUCUCAUUCUUCUCUUUGUUCAUGGUAAAUUUGUGCUAUUCUUUCUCUCUAAACUCUCCUCUCAUUCAGUUCAGCUCUUGUUUUCUAUAAUUUGUGAGUUUCUGUUGUUCUUGUGUGAGUUUGAGAGUGAAGUGAGAGGACACAUGGUGAGCUGAAGCAUCUGUCUGAAAACCUUCAUCCCUCCUUCAUCAUCGUCUGAGUGUGUUUAAUUACAGAUCGACUCAUCAUCUGAGCACCAACGGCUUCUACGAGUUCCUGAACUGGUUUGAUGAGAGAGCUUGGUAUCCUCUGGGACGAAUCGUUGGAGGAACGGUCUAUCCUGGUCUGAUGGUGACCGCUGGUCUGAUUCACUACAUCUUGAACCUCGUCCACCUGACCGUCCACAUCCGGGACGUCUGCGUGUUCCUUGCGCCCGUCUUCAGCGGUCUGACGGCGAUCUCCACCUUCCUGCUGACGCGUGAGCUGUGGAGUCAUGCGGCGGGGCUCCUGUCCGCCUGUUUCAUGGCCGUAGUGCCCGGGUACAUCUCGCGCUCGGUGGCCGGAUCCUUCGAUAAUGAGGCCGUGGCCAUAUUCGCCCUGCAGUUCACCUACUUCCUGUGGGUGAAGGCCAUCAAAAGUGGAUCAGUGUUCUGGACCGUCGGAUGUUGCCUCUCAUAUUUCUAUAUGGUGUCAGCGUGGGGCGGUUACGUCUUCAUCAUCAAUCUGAUUCCUCUUCACGUGUUUGUGCUGUUGUUGAUGCGCCGCUUCAGUAAGAGAGUUUACAUCGCGUACAGCACGUUCUACGUCAUUGGUCUGAUUCUGUCUAUGCAGAUUCCUUUUGUUGGGUUUCAGCCAAUCAGAACCAGUGAACACAUGGCAGCGGCUGGUGUGUUUAUGCUGGUGCAGCUCUAUUCUUUCCUGCAGUACCUGCGAGAGCGACUGACACGUCAGGAGAGACAGACUCUGUUUUCUGUGGCUGUUUGUGCCGCUGCGCUGCUGCUGUUUGUGUGUGUCAUCUACCUCAGCUGCACAGGUUGGAUCGCUCCGUGGAGUGGACGCUUUUAUUCACUCUGGGACACGGGCUACGCCAAGGUUCAUAUUCCCAUCAUCGCGUCGGUAUCGGAGCAUCAGCCCACCACCUGGGUUUCUUUCUUCUUUGAUCUUCACGUCCUGGUGUGCACCUUCCCAGCAGGCCUCUGGUUCUGCAUCAGAAACAUCAGUGAUGAGCGUGUGUUUGUGGUGCUGUACGCCGUCAGCGCGGUGUAUUUCGCCGGUGUGAUGGUCCGUCUCAUGCUGACUCUGACGCCGGUGGUGUGCGUGCUGUCGGCCGUGGCUUUCUCCAGCGUGUUUGAGCGCUAUCUGAGCGACGAUCCUCCGGCUGAGGACGACAGGAGGAACUCUGGGAGUCUGUAUGAGAAGGCUGGUAAGGUGCGGAAGCAGGUCGUGUGUGAAGAGGGCUUGGGUUCAAACAUCAAGAGUCUGGUCAGCGUCCUGCUGCUGCUGCUGCUGCUCAUGUUCACUGUUCACUGCACAUGGGUCACCAGUAACGCCUACUCCAGUCCCAGUGUCGUGCUGGCCUCAUACAACCAUGACGGCUCGCGCAACAUCCUGGAUGAUUUCAGAGAGGCUUACUAUUGGCUGCGGCUCAACACCGGCCAGCACGCACGCAUCAUGAGCUGGUGGGAUUAUGGGUAUCAGAUCGCAGGCAUGGCCAACAGAACCACGCUAGUGGACAACAACACCUGGAACAACAGCCACAUCGCCCUGGUGGGGAAAGCCAUGGCGUCCAAUGAGAGUGUGGCGUAUGACAUCAUGAGGCUGCUGGACGUGGACUACGUGCUGAUUGUCUUCGGAGGGGUGAUCGGAUACGCCGGCGACGACAUCAACAAGUUCCUGUGGAUGGUGAGGAUCGCCGAGGGAGAACAUCCUCGAGACGUGCGGGAGAGCGAUUUCCUCUCGCCGCAGGGAGAGUUCAGGGUGGAUAAAGCCGCGUCUCCAGCGCUGCUCGACUGUCUGAUGUAUAAGAUGUCCUACUAUCGCUUCGGAGAAAUGCAGCUGGACUUCAGAACUCCUCCAGGAUUUGACCGAACGCGCAACGCUGAGAUCGGAAACAAGGACGUCAGGCUGAAGCACCUGGAGGAAGCGUUCAGCUCCGAGCACUGGCUCGUCCGGAUCUAUAGAGUCAAAGAUCCGGAGAACCGGCCGCGGCUGGAGCGCAAACCUCGAGUGACCAGCGCUGCUAACAAACACAAACACAAACACAAACGGAAGGUGACCAGGAGGAGACGUGGAUUCAUCAAAAACAAGCUUGUUCUGAAGAAAGGCAGAAGAUUAAACCGGAAACAGAGGCGAACUGGACUAAACUGAACUAAACUGGAUCACUGGUGUCUGGAGCUGCUGCAGUGGCUGGUUAUUAUUUUUCAUACUUGAAUAUGUGUUUGAUAAUAAGGGAACAGAUUGUUUUUAUAUGACAAAACGGAAAUGCGACACUUUUUAGCUGGAGAAUGAAGAUGUUGAACCAAAGAGCUCAUGUUCUCCUCAUAUCAGACAUUUACACUGACUGUUGCUGAGCGGAAAAUUACAAUUACACUCAAAAAUAUAUAUUUAGGCCUGAAUUUAAGAUUUAUGUGUUUGAAUUGCAUUAAAAAUUUUCCAUCUUUUUGUAUUUCACAGUUUUAAACUGAUUAACUUCAUGUGAUGCAUAAUAGUCAGUCAUACAUUUUUACAUAUUUUUAUAUAUUGUUUAUGACAUAUUUUCAAAAGGCAUUUAUUCAGAAUCAGCUUAGAAUCAGCAUAAAUCUGUCUUUUCAAAAAUGUAUUAAUAUUUUGUUAGUGUUUUUAUAUUUUAAUGUUUCUUUGUUAAUUUAGUUUGGAAUAUGAAUCAAAGAUGCAGUAAUUUUCAGCACUUUUGGACUGUUUCUCGUGACUUUUAAUGGAUUUUCUCUGUGAUAGAUGGACAACAUUAAAGUUUUUACAUGUAAUUCAUUUUAUUGUGCAGUUUAAUAUGCAAAAAUCAAUGAAAAUCUGCGCCUGAACAGUGUCUCUGAAUGCUGAUAUCACAUUGUCACUGAGGAGGAUCAAUCCGCAGACUUCAACUCAUGAAUUGAAUUGAAUUGAUUCUCCGUAUUUUUAUAUUGUCUCUCUGAACUGCUGAAGAUUUAUUUCUCAUUAAAAGUUCCUUAUUCUUCGUGCUUUUCUUCAGUUGUAGGCUGAUUGUGAUGGAGGUAAAAUACAAAUAAUAAAAAAAAAUGUUUUUUUGUUCAAAAUUGUAUUUUGUUUACAAAAACGUUCUAGGGAAAAAAAGACUUUUCCCAUAAAAAAAAAUAUUGCUCUGUGCUAAUGGUAUAUUAUAGUAUGUCAUAAUCCCUAUAUUCCCUUAACCUUCGUUACAAAUAAGAAUAUUAUCAUUACAAAACCCCUGAUGUUUUUGUGUGUACAGUAUACUUGCACUGUAGUUCAGCCGAUCCUCACUAGAGGACGCUAUAACAUCAAACCUGCCGAGCAGAUCUGGAUUAAAGGUAAAAAAUGUGGUGAAAGGACAUGUAUGUUACUAUUAUUUGGUUACAAAUGCUUGACAUUUCAAUAAUUUUGAAUGUCAGUGAAAAAAUACAACGCUGUGAGUGCUGAGGCAGGUUUAUUUCAAACAGAAAUUUCCAAAAUAUCUCUUGUCAGCUCCGUUUUACUCAGUUACACACGAUCAACACCGUUUAGAAAGACUUGCUGUAAAUUAUUUUACUCUGAGAAAAGCAAGGCAUGUUUCAUGUU